CGCAUCAUUUUCAACAUGGCGACGACCAUGUGAAAUUCGGCGUAGCAACGAGCACGGUUGCGAGCCGCAAGCAAGGGUAAAACAUAUAUCACCGUGCGUUUUAUUGAUACUUGCGUGUUUGUCUUUCAAGAACUGCAAGUAUGAGACUCACAGAUGUGCUUCUUGGCGUUUUCAAAAGGAGGGGCUUCGGUGGCCCUCGGUUCCAUUUUGUAAAACAUAUUCCAGGGAAGAUAGAUAUUGGGAAACACAGAAUCGUCCCUCCUGUCACGCCAAGAAUGAAAAUUGACCUCUGGAAGAAGUUGGCAAUUGAAGAGGAGGUUAUGAUGUAUCUGAGCCGGCCCUUCCUAACCACUGCGGAAGAAAAGCACAUGCCAAAAGAAUUUAUCAGGCGCAGGCUUCGGAAGUAUGACCAUGCCCCAGUACCGCAACGGAAGCCCCUCAAGAGCCUGUUUGCUGCAGAUCUGUUGUCACACCUAAAUGUUGGCAGACAGUGGGAGGAGUAGUUGUGUAUAAUAGCAACAAUGUGUUUCCAGUUCAAUAAAGGUUUGUUGAAGCUGUG